AAUAAUGUUCGCCAUCAACCCCCUGGAGAACCUGAAGCUGUACAUCAGCAGCCGGCCGCCCCUGGUGGUCUUUAUGAUCAGUGUCAGCGCCAUGGCCAUCGCUUUCCUGACCCUGGGCUACUUCUUUAAGAUCAAGGAGAUCAAGUCCCCGGGGAUGACAGAGGACUGGAACACGUUUCUGCUGCGCUUCAAUGACCUGGACUUGUGCGUAUCAGAGAAUGAGACGCUGAAACACCUCACAAAUGACACAACUACUCCAGAAAGCACAGCAACCAGUGGGCAGGCCAGGGUGUCCACCCAGGCCCCCCAGGCCCUGGAGGACUCGGGCCCAGUUAACAUCUCUGUUGCAAUCACCCUGACCCUGGACCCACUCAGACCCUUCGGAGGGUAUUCCCGCAAUGUCACCCACCUGUACUCCACCAUCCUCGGCCACCAGGUCGGCCUCUCAGGUAGGGAGGCCCAUGAGGAGAUCAACAUCACCUUCACGCUGCCCACAGCCUGGAGCGCUGACGACCGUGCCCUGCACGGCCACUGUGAGCAGGUGGUGUUCACGGCCUGCAUGACCCUCACUGCUGCCCUUGGGGUCUUCCCUGUAACUGUGCAGCCACCACACUGUGUCCCCGACACGUACAGCAACGCCACACUCUGGUACAAGAUCUUCACAACCGCCAGAGAUGCCAACACAAAAUACGCUCAAGACUACAAUCCUUUUUGGUGUUACAAGGGCGCCAUCGGCAAAGUAUACCAUGCUUUAAACCCCAAGCUCACGGUUAUCGUUCCAGACGACGACCGCUCACUAAUCAACCUGCACCUCAUGCACACCAGCUACUUCCUCUUCGUGAUGGUCAUAACCAUGUUUUGCUACGCUGCUAUCAAAGGCAGACCCAGCAAAUUACGUCAGAGCAAUCCCGAGUCCUGUCCUGAGAAGGUGGCUCUGGCUGAAGCCUAG